UAGAAACGAUUAGCAAAUGGUUAUUUUACCAGAUCACUAAUUUGAACAAUUCUGAAAACGUUGUAGCUCGACAGUAAAAAAAUGUUGAAUCGAAAUGUUUUCGUUCAAUUUUUCAUCAGAGUCAUUUUUUCUCAGCUUUUAAUUGCUAAUGUAGAUGGAGGAGGAGGAGCAGCCACUAAUCAACCAUCAGGAAAUAAUGAGAUUUCAAACCAACCCAGUUCUUCAAGUAAUGCACCUAGAGUUGCUGAUUGUCCGCCAGGCUUGGAGCCUUUGAGUCAAACAAAUGGAAUCUUACUCAGAGAAAAGAAAAAUAAACGGGCUGGAUAUACUCGCAUCAUAAAAAACGCGGCAGGUCAAGAGAUGUAUUUCGCCGCUGAAGAAUAUGAACCUUCUUGUGAUUGUUUCGGUAGUGCGAGUUUGGCUUUUAACAUGAGCAUAUUCGAUCACCGCAGAGUCGAAGUGUUACAUUUAAUGAAGCAAAGUAAAUCUUCCAGUUCAUAUCUAGAAGUGUCACUACCAGGUGGUAACGUUAUUGGAAAAGUUAAAAAAGAAUCCUCAAUUAUAAACCGAAAAUUAAAAAUAAUGAACUCCAAAAAUCAAGUGAUUUUUUAUAUUAAUGGUACAUCGGUUACAUUAGCUGGAGGACAUCUUAAAUUGAAGGUCUUAUCGUUGGACGGUAAAGAAGUUGGUCGAAUAAAGAAGCAUCAUAGCAGUUUUUUCCAAGACGUAGGAAUUUCCUCUAAAGACAAUUUCAAUGAUGUCACUUUCGAUUUCUCGGUGGAUUUGGAUGUUCGCGUUAAAGCUACAUUGCUUGGAGCAUGUCUUUUCAUUAAUGAAUACUAUUUCCAACCAUCUAAUAGUGGCCCAUCUCAUGAAGGCGGUGGAGCGCCGGCAUCAACUCCAGACUUUUAAUGACUUUUAACUAUAAAAACGGUCAACCUUGAAACCAAUUUGUGCUAUCCUGUGCAAGUUGACCAAUCUCAAGUGAAAACCUUAACCUGUUUUAAUGUCCUACUUAGUUUUGAAUUUGUAUUUUAAAUAACAGAAGAUGAAAUCAAAAUAAACUUUAGGAUAUUUUGAAUUUGAA